AUGUUCCAGACGUUGAGACAAGAAGUCCGGGGCGAUAGGCAGUUUGUUGCUGAGACGACGGGUGCUCCAUUCGAAAAGAAAUCCCAGGGAAGAUUUGCGCGGGUGGCUUGUAAUUUAUGCAGGGGGAAAAAGCUGAAAUGCACCGGCGAGAAAGAAGGCUGCCAGCGCUGCCUGGAAAAAGGCCUCGCGUGCUUCUAUGGCCCCUCGUCUCCUUCAAGUUCCGCCAGGCCCGACACCGCCGGAGCGGCCGGGCCCCAAGCGGCCGUGACACCUCCCGCAACGGCUGAACACUUCACCGGCACGGGCGGGCCAGCUCAGCACGGCAGUGCGUCCGGAACAAUCACGGAUCCCGGCCCCUGCAUGUUCGAUAAUGAUGCUGCACUGUACGAGUUCCUACACGCUGAUCCCGACUUCGAGCCGUCCGAACCACCAGCCUCAGACUCUCUCUUCUUCGAUACUGUGGGUCUCGUCUCGCCACUCCACGGCGCCAUGAGUCUCAGCGAUGUUUUUGCCCAAACACAGGCACACUCGCAGGCAGUGGCACCUGAAGGCGCACUAGUAGCGACCGGUCUCUCGUCUACCCUGCCCAACAGCAGCGACAGGCCGACCAGUUCUUCCCUGGAUUGCGGGCCGCCCAGGCAGAAAUGCGGCUGCUUCGACCUUCUCCGGAUCUUUGAGGCCGUCGAGAUAUAUUUGGUCUGGGCCACGCGCGCCUCGGGUCCUGGGAACAAGUCGUUCCGGGUGGAUGAGAUCCUCUCGUGUCAGAAGGAGGUUCUGGACAGAUGCGACUUGCGUCUCCAGUGCAGAGAGCAUCCUCUCAAGUCAUGGGACGCCAUGCUACUGAUCUGCAUUUGCGACAAAGUCCUCGCCAGCAUACUCAAAGUAAUGGCAGCUGGCGACGCUGGGCCGGCGCAGAGCCCUCGGCCUCCUUCCUCCUCCGGUAGGAAGCAGUCUUUCCUGGAUCCAAAUUCGAGCCCUUCCUCGGUAAUGGAACAGGUUCUCAUCAAGAGGUGA